AAGAAGCUUUCGGCUUUGUGCGGCCGCAGAUCGACGCCGCGCGAGCGCGCUCCAAUCCAUAUCACUCCGCUAGCGAUACGUACGCCGAGCUUCACUUCACCGGAUCCAGCCGACAACCACGCAAACAAAAAAUGGCCGCCGCUCCCUCCCCCGCCGUCGCCGCCGUCAGCAGCAGCACGCCCUCGUCGGGGCUCCUGCCGCCGCGGCGCAGCGCCGUCCCGCUGCCGUCGAUGGGGAGCAGCAGGGCGGCGGCGCCCGGGGGCAGGAUGGCGACGGUGGCGCGCGCGGUGGGCGACGUGGCCGCGGAGGGCAACACGUACCUCAUCGCCGGCGCCGUGGCCGUGGCGCUCGUCGGCACCGCCUUCCCCAUCUUCUUCUCCCGCAAGGACACGUGCCCCGAGUGCGACGGCGCCGGGUUCGUGCGCAAGUCCGGCGCGACGCUGCGGGCGAACGCGGCGAGGAAGGACCAGGCGCAGAUCGUGUGCGCCAACUGCAACGGCCUCGGCAAGCUCGGCCAGAUCGACAAGUAGAGCCUCCCCUAAUCGAUGUCUCUUCUUCUCCACUCCUUGCACGUACCCUUGCUGCAUCCCGUCCCGUCGAUCGAUCUCUGCUUCGUCUUCCUCGUCUCCUCCUCCCCUGUGCUUGCAGUUCAGUGGGACGCAGGAAUCCUACAGGAACUGAUCCAUAUAGAGAAGAUCGAGGUCCCGUAGAAUUCCCGGGUUCCCAACUGCACAUCCUUCACUGUGGUUUUCGUUCCUUUUUUUUGCGUGCGUUCGCUGGUUUUCGUUCUUUCUUUUACCGUGUUGUGUUAAUAACUGUCUGCAUAUGUGUAGAUAUGUAUAUGCUUUGUGUAAUGUAUAGACAUAUGCUUUGUGUACCUGUAAUGCUGUAACUGUAUUUGUGUGGACUGUUGAGGUAUAUGUACCGUAAGUGCGGGGCUUUGCUAGA